UAGCAACAUAGGCUAACGCCAUGUUCUCCCACGCGGUAACGAACUUCAUAGAAGCAGAAAAAUGGCCAAUAGUGUAUAUUUCUCGUUGUUAGUCGAUGAAGUGCAAUUUUGAAGUUCUACAUCUCUACGAAAUGUGCAUGUGCAAUUGUGUACGCGAAAACGUAUACAGCGUUCGUCGUGAAAACAUAACUUGAAUAAAGAAUUAAAAUCUUUGAAACGUCAUAAUAUGGCGAGUCCUUCACCGCAGUCUUCACCUAUGCCACCUCCACAAGCUCCAAGUCCAAUGGGUCCACCUCAACAAGCACCAUCUCCAUCCAAUGCACAAGGUAGUCCAAUGGGACCACCACAGCAUCAUCCUCAUAGUCCAACACAAAGUUAUCAAGGAGGCCCACCUAUAUCAUCAGGAGGACCAUCUAUGUCGCAGCCACCUCAGCAAUCGCCGUCUCAGCAACAAAAUUAUCCACCUCAUCCACAGCAAAUGCCCCCUAAUAUGGGUCCACAGAAUCAAGGUCCAGGUGGUUCAAUCGGACAAGGACCUACAUCUCAGCAAGGCCCUGGAGGACCAUUAGUGUCAAGUCAAAUUGGACCGAAUGGACCACAGAGUGCACCUCACAUGAUGCAAACCGGCCCAAAUCAGAUGAGUUCUAAUGGACCAGGACAAAUGGGUCCUGGUACUUCUGGGCAAAUGGGUCCCGGUGGACCUGGACAGAUGGGUCCCGGUGGACCUGGGCAGAUGGGUCCCGGUGGACCUGGGCAGAUGGGUCCCAAUGGACCUGGACAGAUGGGCCCUGGUGGACCUGGACAAAUGGGUCCUGGUGGACCUGGGCAGAUGGGUCCUGGUGGACCUGGACAAAUGGGUCCCGGUGGACCUGGGCAGAUGGGUCCUGGAGGACCAGGACAGAUGGGUCCGUCUCAUAUGGUACAGGGAGGAGGGCCUCCUGUUGCAUCUCACAUGAGUCAAGCUGGUCCAGGACAAAUGGGUCCAGGUAGUGGACCUGUUCCAGGCCCUCAAAUGGGCGCCGCAGGACCCCAAAACUCGCAAAUGGUUCCCGGAGGUCCCGGACACAUGAGCGGACCUCCAAGUCAUAUAAACGCAAGUGGACCACAAGGACCAGGUCAUAUACCGGCCAGUGGUCCAUCUGGUCCAGGACAUAUGGGCGCGGGACCGCCAGGAUCAGGGCACAUGAACGCCAGCGGACCACCUGGAUCCGGACAUAUGAAUGCAACUGGUCCUCCCGGACCAGGCCACAUGAACACUAGUGGACCUCCUGGACCAGGCAGCCAUAUGAGCACUGGUCCUCCUAUUCCGAGUCAUAUAAACGCUAGCGGUCCGUCUGUUUCUACGCAUAUGAACGCAAGUGGUCCAGGAAGUCACAUGGGUCCUGGCGGACCUGGCCAAAUACCUGUAGGUGGUCCCGCAGCACACAACAUAGGUCCUGGAGGUCCGAAUCCAAUGGGUCCUAGUGGUCCUAAUCAGAUAAUACCAAGCAGUCAAGCACAAAUGGGACCAAGCGGACCAAUGGGUCCUGUUGGACCGGCAGGACAAAUUUGUCCGAACGGACCUGGACAAAUGGGUCAUAAUGGAUCAUCGCAGAUGGGUCCAAACGGUCCUACGCAGAUGGGCAUGGGCGGUCCAACCGGACAAAUGGGUUUGAAUGCUCCAGGUGGACAAAUGGGUCCCGGAGGGCCAGGUAACCAAAUGGGCCCAACCGGAGCGGGUAACCAAAUGGGAUCAGGUGCGCAGGGGAAUCAGAUGGGACCUUCCGGUCCAACAGGUCAAAUAGGACCUGGAAGCGGACCUGUGGGACAAUUAGGACCAAGUUCUCUCGGUCAAAUGGGUCCAGGUGGUGCGCCAAAUAACGUACCGAUGACGACAAGUAGCGGACCUGUUGGUACUAUGGGUCCGGGAAGUGGGCCUAAUGGACCUACUGGAGUCAAUACAGUUAGUGGGCCCGGUGGGCAGAUGACUUCCAGCAGCGGUCCCGGGGGACAGAUUGGCUCGGCAGGUCCCGGAGGUGGCUCUGGUGGUCAAAUGGGAUUAGGGAACGGUCCCGGAGCACAAAUAAAUUCUGGCAAUGCAUCUGGUGGUCAAAUGGGACCAGGUGGAACGCAAAUGGGACACGGUGGUAAUGGACCUGGAGGGCAAAUUGGACCAGUAAGCGGACAGAUGGGACCAGCAAGUGGUCCUGCUAGUCAAAUAGGACCAGGAGGACAACUUUCAUCCGGCGGACCAGGACAGAUGAUGCAAGGAGGUCCUGGUACUCAGAUGGGUCCGAGCACUCCGAGUAAUCAAAUAGUACCUGGUGGACCUAAUAGUCAAAUGGGACCGUGCGGUCCGAAUACUCAAAUCGGCCACGGAAAUGCAACUGGACAAAUGGGACCUAAUGGACCAACUGGUCAGCCUUCCACCACUCAGAUAGGUCCAAGUACUCAAAAUCAAAACCAAGUUCCCGGCAGCACGGCGCCUAUAGGCUCGGGUGCUCCGGUGAAUCAAAUGAGUCAAACUGGAAGCGGACAGAUCGGCCCUACAGGACCUACAGGACCUCCUGGGCCUGGUCAAGAAAAUUUGAACGCACUUCAAAAAGCGAUCGAUUCUAUGGAAGAGAAAGGUCUACAGGAAGAUCCACGGUAUUCGCAGUUAUUAGCUCUGAGAGCUCGUCAAGGUAGCGGAAUGGGCGAGAAACAAUCUUUUAGCUCACAACAAUUACAGCAGUUGCGUGUUCAAAUAAUGGCGUACAGAUUGCUCGCAAGAAAUCAACCACUAUCGCAACAUCUUGCUCUUGCUGUACAAGGUGGAGCUCCACCUCCUCCAGGGAUAGGUCAACGCCCUAUAGAUCCGUCUCAGACCCCUGCUGCAACAGCUGGACCACAAAUUCCAGGUCCAAAUGUCAUUGGUCCUGCAGGUGUGACGAGGUCAAGUUGUCAAACGCCACAACAACAACAACAGCAACCACAACCAGGCACUAAGACCAACAGAGUGACAAGCGUUGCGAAACCGGCUGGAUUAGAUCCAUUGUUGAUACUACAAGAAAGAGAAAACAGAGUCGCAUCUCGUAUAUCACUUCGGAUGGAACAACUCAGUAAUUUGCCGACAAAUAUGCCUGAGGAUCUGCGUAUACAGGCCCAGAUCGAACUACGCAUGCUUAGAGUACUAAACUUUCAGAGACAAUUGAGAUCAGAGAUUUUAGCGUGUACUCGAAAAGAUACUACUUUAGAAACUGCAGUAAAUGUGAAAGCUUAUAAACGUACGAAACGGCAAGGAUUACGCGAGGCUAGGGCUACCGAAAAAUUGGAGAAGCAACAGAAAUUAGAAGCAGAACGUAAACGCAGACAAAAACAUCAAGAAUUUCUUACUUCUGUACUUCAACAUGGAAAAGACUUUAAAGAAUUUCACCGUAAUAAUGUUGCAAAGUUGGCUAGGCUUAAUAAAGCAGUGCUUAACCACCACGCAAAUGCUGAACGAGAGCAAAAGAAAGAACAAGAACGUAUUGAAAAGGAGCGUAUGCGUCGUUUAAUGGCAGAAGACGAAGAGGGAUAUAGAAAAUUAAUUGAUCAAAAGAAAGACAAACGUUUAGCAUUCUUGUUGUCUCAAACCGACGAGUAUAUAAGUAAUUUGACGGAAAUGGUCAAGCAACAUAAAAUGGAACAAAAGAGAAAGCAAGCUGAAGAACAAAAGCGUAAGAAGAAAAAGAAGAAGUUGCAAGAUGGUGAAACCGGUGAAGAUGGUGCGACCAACGAUGAUACACGUGUUGGUGUAAUAGAAACAUCCACUGGUCGCACACUCACUGGUGAUGAAGCACCUUUAAUGAGUCAACUGUCAGCAUUCUUGGAAGCUCAUCCAGGGUGGGAACCAAUUGAAUCAGACAGUGAAGAAGAUGAGGAAGAUGAUGAAGAGGAUAAUGGAAAUGAGAGCGAGGAUAAAUCUGAUGGCAAGGAUAAAUCUACUGGCGAUUCUGAAGAAGAGAAAGUGAAAAAAACAAUACACAAAGCAAAAGUGGAGGAUGACGAAUAUAAAACAGAAGAACAGACGUACUACAGCAUCGCACAUACCAUUCGUGAAGUAGUUACAGAGCAGGCAACCAUUAUGGUGAAUGGAAAAUUAAAGGAAUAUCAGAUCAAGGGUUUGGAAUGGUUAGUAUCGCUGUUCAACAAUAACCUGAACGGUAUCUUGGCAGACGAAAUGGGUCUCGGUAAAACAAUUCAAACAAUUGCUCUGGUAACAUAUCUUAUGGAGAAGAAGAAAGUCAACGGCCCAUUCCUUAUCAUUGUUCCUCUAUCAACAUUGUCAAAUUGGGUUCUUGAAUUUGAGAAAUGGGCACCAAGCGUCGUCGUAGUAUCAUACAAAGGUUCUCCAGCUGGCAGAAGAACGAUACAGUCUCAAAUGCGAGCUACAAAGUUCAAUGUCUUGUUAACAACUUAUGAAUAUGUUAUCAAAGAUAAAGGCGUGUUAGCUAAACUGCAAUGGAAGUAUAUGAUCAUCGACGAAGGACAUAGAAUGAAAAAUCAUCAUUGCAAACUUACUCAAGUACUGAAUACGCAUUACUUGGCUCCUCAUCGAUUACUUUUGACAGGCACACCCUUGCAAAACAAAUUGCCAGAAUUGUGGGCUCUUCUAAAUUUUUUGCUACCCUCAAUCUUCAAAUCCUGCAGUACAUUCGAGCAAUGGUUUAAUGCUCCUUUUGCAACCACUGGUGAAAAGGUGGAACUUAACGAAGAAGAAACUAUUUUAAUUAUUCGUCGUUUACACAAAGUUUUGCGGCCUUUCUUAUUGAGACGUUUGAAGAAGGAAGUAGAGUCACAGUUACCUGAUAAAGUAGAAUAUAUUAUCAAAUGCGACAUGUCUGGCCUUCAGAAAGUACUUUAUAAACAUAUGCAAAGCAAGGGUGUAUUAUUAACUGAUGGGUCAGAAAAAGGUAAACAAGGAAAGGGUGGUGCCAAAGCUCUUAUGAAUACCAUCGUUCAGCUCAGGAAAUUGUGCAACCAUCCAUUUAUGUUCCAAGCUAUAGAAGAGAAAUACUGUGAACAUGUAGGAACACAAGGUUCUGGUGUUAUUACUGGACCCGAUCUAUAUCGUGCAUCUGGAAAGUUCGAGCUCCUCGAUCGUAUUCUUCCUAAAUUGAAGGCUACGAAUCACAGAGUUUUACUGUUUUGUCAAAUGACUCAAUUAAUGACAAUUAUGGAAGAUUAUUUGAGUUGGCGAGGAUUUAUGUAUUUACGAUUGGACGGUACAACGAAGGCGGAAGACAGAGGUGAUCUUUUGAAAAAGUUCAAUGAUCCCGGAUCGGAAUAUUUCCUUUUCUUGUUGUCUACACGUGCUGGUGGUCUUGGUUUAAAUCUUCAAGCUGCUGAUACAGUUAUUAUCUUCGAUUCUGAUUGGAAUCCUCAUCAGGAUCUGCAAGCUCAAGACAGAGCACAUCGAAUAGGACAAAAGAACGAAGUACGUGUACUUCGAUUAAUGACUGUAAAUUCUGUUGAAGAACGAAUAUUAGCAGCGGCUAGAUAUAAAUUAAACAUGGACGAGAAGGUUAUUCAGGCCGGAAUGUUUGAUCAGAAGUCUACUGGAUCUGAGCGACAACAGUUUCUUCAGAGUAUCUUACAUCAAGAUGACGCUGAGGAUGAAGAAGAAAAUGAAGUGCCCGAUGACGAAACUGUGAAUCAAAUGAUUGCUAGGACAGAAGGUGAAUUCGAAAUAUUCCAGAAAUUGGAUGUAGAACGCGAGGAGGCCAAUAUGGGCCCGAAUCGCAAGUCACGAUUAUUGGAGGAAGCCGAAUUGCCUGACUGGUUGGUGAAAGAUGAUGAUGAGGUAGAAAGGUGGACAUAUGAAGAGGACAAAGACAGAUUCCUUGGAAGAGGUUCAAGGCAACGUAAAGAAGUUGAUUACUCUGACAGUUUGACUGAGAAGGAGUGGUUGAAGGCAAUCGAUGAUGACGGCGCAGAGUAUGAAGAGGAAGAGGAAGAUGAUAAGAAGAAGAAAAAGACACGAAAACGAAAGAAAAAGGGUGAGGAAGAUGAUGAGCCGAUGCCGAAGAAACGAAGAGGUGGCGGAGCUUUGGUUGAUCCCAAAAUGAAACAGGCUAUGAAGAAGUUAAUCAUGUUAGUUGUUAAUUACACUGAUAGUACUGAUGGCCGAGUAUUGAGUGAACCUUUUAUGAAAUUACCAUCACGAAGGGAAUUGCCAGACUAUUAUGAUAUCAUUAAGAAACCUUUGACUAUUAAUAAAUUGUUGCAGAAAAUCGAAGAAGGCAAAUAUGCUGAUUUCGAUGAGCUUGAGAAAGAUUUUAUGCAACUUUGUAAGAAUGCACAAAUUUAUAACGAAGAAGCAUCUCUUAUUCAUGAGGAUUCAAUAGUGUUGCAAUCUGUUUUCACAAAUGCACGUCAGCGCCUUGAAGAAGAAGGUAAUAAUUCCGACGGAGAUGAUAAAGAUGGCGAAGAAGGCUCAGACGCGGACUCCAGCGUAAGAAUGAAAAUUAAAUUAAAAGGCAGAAAAGGCGAGGGAAGGGGUGGUCGUAGAAAGCGAGUUACUAAGAAAUAUAUAUCCGACGACGAGGAUGAUGCUGAUGAUAAUUAA